AUGUCUCUCAUGCAGAAAGAGGAAAAUCAAGGUCUGUGCCCGUUACUGUUUUUCUCGACAUCCCCUAGUCUCUGGGUAUCUGAUCUAAAAUAUAGUGUGACGAUUGUCGCCCUCGAUGCACCAAUUGUGAUCUCUAUGGUUCAGAGUGUGUCUUUACCGAGGACGGCCGCCGAUAGACACAGAAAUAGAGCUAAUGCCGUCGGCAUUCAGGAGGACUUCGCAUCUGUGCCACCUAGCCGUGGACGACCAAGUCCUCGCUCGAGGUUGAGAUCAACCCGACAAGGCUCAGAAGAGGAAGAAGAAGAAGAAGCAGACAGAGCACCUCCCCGGCAACAAGAAAAUGGCGCCGGUAUCAAGUCGCCGGCGGACCAUCCCCAUCCGCGCUCCAACUCGGCGAGAAUCAACCUUGUAUCGCCACAACUCCUGACCGACGACUUCAGCUAUUGGGUUAGUAUCGCAGAAGGCCAUUCUUUGCCGGACACGAAUGGGCACAAUCGAGAGUCGGAGGGGGGUGUGGAUCUCAGGCCUUCACUUGCUCCUUCUGACCAUGCUGUUGCCAAUAUCAGACCCAGUAUACAACGAGUUUCUGAGCAUCUGGCAACCCCCUCCCCUGCUUCUCCUCAGGUACUUGUUGAAGCGCACCAGACCUCACCGCAACGCAGCAUACUAGCUUCUCCCAGCAGAACCCAAAGGCUAGAGGCUGACGGACCUGACGUUUCCGCCAUCUUCAAGUUCGAGCGACAUUCUUCAAACCUAGCCAACCGUGCUGGUCGUUUGUUGGCCACAGAUGAAGGACAACCUCGUUUCUACGGUGCAGCCAGCAGCCUUUCUUUGGCCCCAAAUGGGAACUUCCCUUUGUUUACGCCAUUGAUCCGGACGGUCCGUGUCCAUGGCGCUACUGCCCUGGAACAAAAUCGCCUUGCAUGGCCCGGAGACGUCCGCUAUGAGAGCUACCUCCUGGAACAGUUUUUCAGAUAUCACAACCCGUAUUUCCAAGAGGUAGAUAAAGGCACUUUCUUUAUGGAGAAAGCAAAAUAUGACCAGGGACAAAGGAGCCAUUUAUACUCGCCAACUCUUUAUAAUGCAAUCCUGGCGAUAGGAGCUCUAUACUCGAGCGAAUAUCGUCCUGAGAUUGGCAGUGAAGUCUCGAGAUUCUUCGCUCGUCGGGCAGAAGUGCUCCUUGAUCUCGAACUAGACUGUCCCCAGACGUCGACUUUACAAGCCAUAUUGCUCCUGAGCAGUUAUGAGGCUGCAAGCACGCGUGAUUCGCGAGGGUGGAUUUACAUAGGUAUGGCGGUACAAUUGAUCACAGAUCUUGGGAUUCAUCGCCAUUCUCAAGGCGACGAAACUAGUCGCCCAGUCGUUGGAAGCCAAUCUGCCUCCUCAACUUUCCCAGGGCAUUUAUUCUGGGCCUGUUAUGCGUAUGACAUACUAUGGUGCCUUGAGAAAGGAAGACAUUCUGUCAUGGAGCAGCUCAGACGAACUUCUUCUGCCAUGAACAUCAUGACGGAUCUCGGAGUGCACCAUUAUUUGAGAUCACCUUCGGCACUGGAGUCGAAUGGUUAUACGGAGAACGUGGUUUCUCUCACGAGGCUGUACCUCUGUCAGCUGCUUCAGAUCGAGGGAAGGUUAUCUGCUCAUCUCUUCGACGAAGAUUCUCGUCCACUCGACUCCGACAUCCCUUUCUGGCAACAAAUGACAGAGGAGUUAUUUCAAUGGCGGCAUUCUCUUCCGCCUCCGUUGAAGAUCAGCGACUCAAGUGGAGAACCUGAACCCAGAGACGAAGUGUAUGCGCAAGAAGUCAUCUUUCUGAAUAUGCUGUUUCACGAAAUAAUCAUUCUCCUCAACCGCCCGUUCACCUCUCAAAUUGUGACUUCUUCACCAGUGGGCUCGGCCACGAUAGCUCCAAGGUCUGCCUUCGAUUCAACAAUCACCGACGUCCACACAACGGCAGGAAAAUACUGCUUUGACUCGGCUUCUAGAAUAAUCGCCUUGCUGAUGUUGUUUAAACGCCAUUACGGCCUGCAUAACGUCCACCUGCACAUGGUCCACAGCACUGUCACAGCCGGAGUGAUGCAUGCAUAUUUUUCGGUGUUUUGCCCUGACAAAUGCUCGUCGCAGGGCAGCACGCCGUGUGAAGAGAGUAGGGGGACGGCACAACAGUCGCUGCGACUCAGUAUCCGAGCGUUGGCUGAAAUGGGCCAGACAUUCGAUAGCGCCACCAGAGGCAUGGAGCUCGUGACUAGCUUGGGCCAGACCUGGCAACACCAAAGACGAAUGGAAAAUUCUGCGAAAUGA